GGAAAAACUGCUGAUUCCGACAGCACAACACGACAGCGAAGGCAGCAAAUACGAAUUUGAAGAUACAGCAAAAUACAAUUCAAAUAAAAGUCAAAUAGUCUCGAAAUUUAAUUGCGCGAGUGUCGCGGUGCGGCGGUUGCAGUAGUAAGUGAGUUGAUGAAUGCAGCAGCAGUGGCAUUCUAAUAGAGAACACUACAUCAUAUAUAAUAAAAAUAAAUUUGAAUUGAUUUAAGAAAAUAACAUCUGAAAUUUUUAAAAACAGAAGUAAAGCUCAAAAACAUCCAUCAUGUUUAAUCUUGCACGUAGCACUCAAAAUAGUGCUGUUAAGCCAAUGAUGGCAGCUGCUCUUAUUAAAAACGCUGUCAAGGCUAAUAAUCUUAUGACAAAGUCACGUUGUAUUAGUUCUGUUGUGCCAAGCACUAAUUUGAAGGAUUUCCAGACUGCAAAUGAACCCGUAUAUGAAUAUAAAAAAGGCUCACCAGAGCGCAAAGCUUUGGAGGAAGCCCUUAAACGUACUGCUGCAAAAUGUGAAGAAGUUCCCAUUGUCAUUGGUGGCAAAGAAAUCCGUACCGAUCAAGUGGUGCAUCAGGUGAUGCCACAUAAUCAUCAGCAUAAAUUGGCAAAAUUCUAUUAUGCCGAUAGUAAAACAAUUAAGAGUGCUAUCAAGACCGCUGUGGAAACACAACCUAAAUGGGAUCGGGUUCCUCUCAGCGAACGCUUGAAGAUUUGGGAUAAGGCUGCCGAUUUAAUGGCUGGAAAAUAUCGUCAAGACUUAAAUGCAGCCACAAUGUUGGGCCAAGCAAAAACCAUUAUUCAAGCAGAAAUCGAUUCAGCUGCUGAAUUAAUCGACUUUAUAAGGUUAAAUGCUUUUUUCUUGAAAGAAUGCGCUAAAUAUCAGCCCAUUAGUGAAAAUAUGAAAGUAACUAAGAAUUCGAUGCGUUAUCGUGGCAUCGACGGAUUUAUUGCUGCAGUUAGUCCUUUUAACUUCACCGCUAUUGGCGGUAACUUAGCUUAUACCCCAGCUUUGAUGGGCAAUGCUGUUCUCUGGAAGCCUUCAGAUACUGCCGUGCUUUCCAACUGGCGUAUUUUUAACAUUAUGCGUGAAGCCGGAGUUCCGGAUGGUGUGGUUAAUUUCGUACCAGCCGAUGGCCCAGUUUUUGGUGAUACUAUUACAGCUUCUCCACAUUUGGCUGGUAUUAAUUUCACAGGAUCUGUUCCCACUUUCAACCGCUUGUGGAAGCAGGUUGGCAACAACAUUGAUAACUAUAUCAAUUUCCCUCGUCUAAUUGGUGAAUGUGGUGGUAAAAAUUACCAUUUCAUUCACCCUACUGCUGAUGUUCAAUCCGUAGUUACUGGAACAAUUCGUUCAGCAUUCGAAUUUUGUGGCCAAAAAUGUUCGGCUUGUUCCAGAAUGUAUGUUCCAGAAUCUUUGUGGCCAAAGAUUAAAGAUGGUCUAGUUGCCGAAGCAACCAAAUUGAAAAUCGAUGAUGUUCAAAACUUCUCAGCAUUCACGUCGGCUGUCAUUGACGAUAAAGCAUUUAAACGCAUUACUUCCUACAUUGAACAUGCCAAAAAGAGUAAAAAUUUAACAAUUUUAGCUGGUGGCACUUAUUCGGAUGCCAAGGGCUAUUUCAUCAAUCCAACCAUUGUACAAACAACCGAUCCCAAAGAUAAAAUUAUGACUGAGGAAAUUUUUGGACCCGUAUUGACCAUCUACGUUUACAAAGAUGCUGAUCUUCAAAAAACUAUGGACCUAGUGCAUACAACAACUCAGUUUGCGUUAACCGGAGCUGUGUUCGCACAAGACGAGUAAGUAAAAAUAUAUUAA